AUGACUUCUCCUACUAAGGAAGAAAGUGAUCCAGCUGAUAACACUCUCAAAAACUCAGACGAUGAGGCUCCAAAUGACCGUAGUACAGACAGAGAGCCUUCCCUUGCUGAACGUGGUGUGAUCGCUGAGGUCGAUAGCGCCGCGGUGGACAGGGAGCUCAACAUACCAGCUGGCCAAGAGCACGCUGUUCUUCAACCCCCAGAAAAUGAUGACCUUGCAUUAGAGAAGAAUCAACAAGAUCCUCAAGAAGAUGUAAAAGAAGAAGACUCUCAUCUAAUUGAGAUUCCCGUCCCUAGUAAAAGGAUCUCAUGCACAUCAGGAUUAGGGAGAGUUCCCCCUGUGAAUAUCCCACCAGUUAAUGUUGCCGAAACCAGUCCCUUAACUCCCUUACCUGAUAGAGCAAGAUGCAACUCUGGAAACACACUGAAGGGAUCUAUAGGCAUCUAUUACGUCAACAUAAGUUACAAAAUCCCUUUCCACUUCUCAGUUUCAUGGAGUUUGCCAUUUACUAACAUUUGUGACAAGCGAAAGAUGUUUCUUCGCCUGGUGUGUGAGGGAUAUUUCUCUCACGUUGUAGGUCAUCGUAAUACCACGUGGGUAAAGCCAAAAUACAGAGCUUUUAUCACAGGCUCAAACAUUCCCAUCCGCGCUGAGAGAGCCAUAGUAUUUCGAAGACCCCUGAGGGUGCAGUUCUUCCACUCCCUCAGUGAGAGAAUGGCAUCCAGAAAAAUGUCCAAAUCAGUGAAUGCUAAAGAGGAGAAGUCUCCGCAGACCCCACCGGAAAGCCCAGUUAAUAAAAAAGGGUGUGAGGACCUUUUGAGGGUGAUGAUCACACUCACUGACGCAGGGUGGAAGUACCUGUGUCCCUUUUGUGGGAGCACUUUCAACAGCUUGAUCGAAUUGAGAUUGCACGCUUGCAACUUCCUGGAUGAUUAA